UUCUUCGGUACACAGCUGAUUCACGGGGACAGAGAACGUGCAAAUGUUUAAUUUUAGUUUUGAAAUUAUUUAAAAACGUCGUCAGUUUGAGUUCUGAUGCGACGGAAAUAAAAGAGAAUGAAGAAGAAACAGCGCAGUGGCGCGGCACAGCCCAAUGAGCCGUCAGCAGACUACGUGGUUGGUCAGGUGUCGGGAAGCUUGUUCCAGAAGAACUCUGCAGGAUCCGGAUCGCUGUUGGGUUUAUUCAGCAGCAGUGCCACGCCAGGGGCACCGGUUCUGUUUCAGCCUGCACCCAAGCCUGUUCAGAAGAGCACAGAGGCACCACAGAAGAACCCAGAGGUCAAAGGUCAGCACAGCCAGAUGCAGAAGAAGGUCCCCAAAGAGAAAACAGCAGCUGAACAAAAGCUGGGAAACAGGGAGAGCGCCCUCCUGAAGGCUGACGACGACGAGCGAGAGGAGACGAGGCGCGGCAGUCAGAAGACGAGGAGGAUGAAGGCCAGCAGAGAGGAGGAGACGAGGAAGAGCCAGAGGACCGUGUUCGUCGGCAACCUGCCACACACCUGCACCAAAAAGAUGUUGCAGAACUUCUUCAGGGACGCCGGACGCAUUGAGUCCAUCCGCUUUCGCUCUGUGGUUCGAGAGGAUCUAAAAAUGUCCCGAAAAGUGGCAGCUAUCACACGCAAAGUUCAUCCGAAGAAGCAAAAUCUGAACGCGUACGUGGUCUUUAAGCACGAGGAUGGAGUCGUCAAGGCGCUGGACAGGAACUGUUUGGAGAUUGAGAAAGAUUUUUACAUCAGAGUGGACAGAAUAACCGGCAGCUCUUCACAUGACCACAAACGCUCCGUGUUUGUAGGGAAUCUGUCCUUUGAAAUUAAAGAACUGGCAUUUCGGCGUCAUUUUGAAGAGUGCGGAAACGUGGAGGCGGUGCGACUUGUGCGUGACAAGAACACUGGUCUGGGGAAAGGAUUUGGUUACGUCCUGUUUGAGAGCGCUGACUCGGUCCAGCUGGCACUGAAACUGGACGGUUCCAAACUGGAGGGCCGAACCAUCCGGGUCAAAAGGUCGGUGAAGAAGGAAAAGCAGAAGAAAAAGACAGAGGUCAGAGGCCCUGCAAAGGGUCAGGGCAGGGGCUCCACCAGGGCCCCGGGGCCGGAGAGAGGAGGCGGUCGUGGAGGAUUUAAGCCUCAGAGAUUCUGUGGAAACCAACAGAGAUCAUCACAAAGCUCCACCUCCUUUAAAGGGCAGAUGGUGGAUCACCAGAAAAAGAUGAAAAAGAAAGGACUGAAAAAUAAAGUGAAGACAAAGAAAGCCGUUCACAUCUGAGAGG